AAACUACGACAAGUUUAACGUUUUCGGGUCAUUCGGUUGAGUGGUCGGCUCUCAGCUGCCACUUUUAAAUUCCAUCGAAAAAAAAUACUUUCAUCGUGUGUUACUGACAAUAUAUAAAUUUUUUUUUUUUUUUUUUCAAAGGACGAGGGCCUUGUAAAAAGUGUCAACGCAAUCGUUUGACCAGUUAAUUUAAAAAUAAAAAAAAAGGGGUGACAAGAUACAGUUUUAAAUUGGGUUCGAAUUUAAAAGUAAAUUUUUUUUUUUGUAAGUUCAAAAUGUACACGUUUAUUUACUUGCUGAGCGUUGCAUUUAGCUGUCAUGUUCAUGCUCUUACUAUCGUAUCAACCCCGGAAAAAUCAGAUCUUUGUGACAGCCCAAUUUAUUGUCAUGGAGAACUAUUGAAAACUGUACAAAUGGCAGAAGUAUUUCCUGAUAGUAAAACCUUCGUUGAUCUUUAUCAGUUAAAUGAUCCGUCAGUAACUUUGGCCAACUUUGAAAAGUUUAUGUCGGCAACAGGAGGUAACCCAAAUAAAACCCAGGUAUCCACAUUCGUAGCAGCUAAUUUUCACAGUAGUAUUGACGUACUACCUUGGACACCUUCUGACUGGCAAUCAAACCCCACAAUACUUGAACGUAUCCAGGAUCAAAAAUAUCGUCAAUGGGCAUAUCAAUUAAACUUUGUAUGGUUGAAUUUAUCACGACAAAUGUCACCAGAAAUAAUAGCACGUCCUGAGAGAUAUAGUGCUAUUCCUCUUGAGAAUGGAUUUAUUGUCCCCGGUGGUAGAUUUCAAGAAACUUACUACUGGGACAGUUAUUGGGUUAUUGAAGGACUUCUAAUUUCCGGAAUGAAAGAAACAGCGAAAGGAAUUAUUUUAAAUUUUAUAUCAAUGGUAAAUAGAUUUGGCUUUAUUCCAAACGGUGGAAGGGUGUACUACUUGAUGAGAAGUCAACCUCCCCUACUUAUUCCUAUGGUUGAAAAGUAUAUAGAAGCUACUGGUGAUAUAAAAUUCCUAUCAGAUAAUCUACUAACACUUGAAAAAGAAUUCGCUUACUUUAUACGAGACAAAACGAUUGAAGUCACGAAGAAUAACAAAACUCAUAAAAUGGCACGCUAUGUAGUAAACAGUGACGGCCCACGUCCGGAAAGUUAUCGUGAGGACUUCAAGGAAGCUCAGAAUUUUGACAGUAUCGAACUUCGUAAAACUUUUUAUGAAGAUAUAAAAGCUGGUGCUGAAAGUGGUUGGGACUUUUCGUCACGUUGGUUUAUCCCCAGUGGACCAGGAGUAGGAAAUCUUUCAGAUAUUUCAACGAGAAAUAUUAUUCCAGUGGAUCUUAAUGCAUUUCUCCAACGUAAUGCACGUCUCUUGAGUCAGUUUAACCAGCUUUUAGGAAAUGAAGUGAAAGCGAGAAAAUACAGAAAUAUUGCGAUUGAUUACCAGAACGCGAUUGAUGAUAUUCUGUGGAACGAAGAGCUGGGUAUUUGGUUAGAUUAUGACAUGAAAAAUGGACGUCCAAGAAAAUUCUUCUAUCCUUCUAAUCUUACCCCUCUAUAUACUCGUAGUUUUGAUCAUAAAAAUGCAUCAACUUAUGCAAAAAAAGUUGUCGAUUACCUAAAAGCGGAAGGAAUCGAUAGUUUUAUGGGCGGUACACCAACAUCAUUAACUCAUACUGGUGAACAAUGGGAUUGGCCUAAUGCAUGGCCACCACUUCAAUCAAUUAUGGUUCAAGGACUCCGAAACCUUGGUAUUGAACCAGCACUCAGUAUGGCUAAAGAGCUUGCAAUGAGGUGGCUUAAAGCCAAUUAUCUUGGUUUUCAAGAGGGUGGAGUGAUGUAUGAAAAGUAUAGCGCCAUCGAUCCUGGGAAAUACGGCGGAGGUGGUGAAUACGAUGUGCAAGCUGGUUUUGGAUGGACGAAUGGUAUUGUAUUUGAAUUCCUUGAUACAUAUCCAGAUGCUAAGUCAUAACUUAUCGUUAUCCAGAUCCUACAAUUCUACCGAUAAAUAACUUUAAUUAUACAAGAUUUAUUUUAAUAUUUCACUGGUAUUGUUACGUCUUUAUACAAAUUGGAUGGUUACAAAGAUCGAUAAACUUUUUAGCAAAAUGAAAACAAUAAAUUUUUAUAACAAACCUAAGUAUUAUAUAAAUUUAUAUUAUUUUUGUCAACAUAAUAAUUUAAUAAAUUAUUGAAACCUAAACUAAUUAAUUAAUUAAAAUUUAUGAAAACUUAGUAUUUCAAUUAAUUCUACAAUUAACUAAUUAGUUUAUGGCUGUGUUUGGUAGCGAAAUUCCAAGAAAGAAAAAAAAGUUAAUUUAUAUUUAAUUAGUAUUUGUAACAAUUAAUAAAAGUUUAAUUUUCUUUUAUCAAUAAAAUGAAAUUCAAUUAACGUUCCGAUAAUGCUUUUUACACUUUGCAUGAUUCGCAAUCUCACUAACUUUGAAAAGUAAAGUUAUAAUAAUAAUCUUAAUUGCUUGUACUUAAUACUUGUGUUAUUUAAUAUUUAUUAUUGCAUUUGAUCAAUUUAUUAAUUGGACCUCAAUUGCUCUAGCGGAUUUUUUUAACCGUCUAAAAAAAGUUUAAUUUAUAUGUUAAAUAAAAUUAAAUUUAAAUGUAUUUUAUUUCAUUUUUAAAAAAAAAUUUUAAUACGUCAGAUUUUUAAUGCGGGAAAAUAAAAUUUAAAUUAAACCAUUAUCGAAUUGGAAUCAAUUGAUUUUGGUUUAUAAAAUUAAAUAUAAACAACUUAUGAUUGAAAAAAAAAAUCAAUAGCAUGAUUAUUUUAAAUUAAAAAAAUUUAAUUAAACUUUCUAUACACAAAUAAAAAUUUAUUUAGUUGAAGGUUUAAUUUGUACUUGUAUCAAGUUUAUUAUAAAAAUUUAUACUUUUGUUUGAACGUUAAUUUUUUGAACGUUGUUAAAAAAAAAAGAAGUUCUUUAGAUUUUAAAUUUGUAGCCGAUUUAUGAGGAGUUACACAGAAAAAAAAACGAUAUUUGGCGCAAUAAAUAUUUUGCAUUACGAAUUGAAGACAAAAUUUUCUGUGAACUAAAAAAUAUUUCUCGACUCAAGAAUUUUUUUUCGCCCCAAGAAAAUUUUUUGUCGCCUUAAUAAAAAUUUCUUGUUCAAUUUAUAAUGCAAAAAAUUUCUCGGUCAAGAAAAAAUUUUCUUGGGACGAGUUAAAUAUUUUUACACCAAGAAAUCCUUUUGUUCUGUGUACAUUUAAUUUAAGUUUGAUACAGGUUUAUUUUCAAACACAUAUAUUUUGGAUAAUGAUUUAUUCUUUAUGUAAAUAUCAGAAAAAAAAGUUCUCGACCCAAGAAACUUUCCAUAUUAUUAAAUAAAAACCAAAAUGUUCUUCA